AUGUGCGGCACAAUAACCUCAAGAGCGCCCGUCAACGGUGUCGCGCCGACUAAGAACGGUGUUGUCGUUGUAACAGAACUGGAGAAGCCCGCCGAGAUCCUGAAGGCGCCGCUCCCGAACCCUUCGCUGGUGGUCACGGCCGACCACCAACUCAAGGCCGAGGAGGCACCCGUUCUGGCGCCCAAGAAAGGCGAGGUUUUGAUUCAUGUCAAGGCGACUGGUGUCUGUGGUUCCGACAUCCACUUCUGGAAGACGGGCAAGAUCGGCACCCUGGUCUUCGAAGGUGACUGCAUCAUCGGCCACGAAGCCGCCGGCGUCGUCCUCCGCUGCGGCGAGGGCGUCAAGAACCUGAAGCCCGGAGACCGCGUCGCGAUUGAACCCGGCGUGCCCUGCGGCGAGUGCUUCCUCUGCACGGAGGGCCGUUACAACCUUUGCGAGGACGUCCAGUUCGCCGGCGUGUACCCUUACCACGGCACCAUCCAGAGAUACAAGUGCCACCCGGCCAAAUGGGUUCACAAGCUCCCCGAUAACAUCUCCUACGCCGAAGGCGCCCUCCUCGAGCCCCUCAGCGUAGCCAUGCACGGCAUCCGCACCGCCGGCCUGGCUCUCGGCGUCGGCGCCGUUAUCUGCGGCGCCGGCCCGAUCGGCCUGAUCACCCUCGCCGCGGCGCGCGCAUCGGGCGCACACCCGCUCGUCAUCACCGACAUCGAGCCCUCGCGCCUCGAGUUCGCCAAGUCGCUCGUGCCGAGCGCCAUCACCUACCGCGUCGACCCGGCUCUCGGCAACGAGGGCAACGGCAAGGCGAUCCGCAAGCUGUUCGGCGACGACGAGUACAGCGCCCCGCGAACGGUUCUCGAGUGCACGGGUGUCGAGAGCAGUAUCUGCACGGCGGCAUUCACGGCGCGCCGUGGUGGUACGGUCAUGGUGAUUGGUGUUGGAAGGGAGAUUAUGAACAACCUCCCUUUUAUGCAUCUUUCUCUUGCUGAGAUCAAGCUCGAGUUCAUCAACCGCUACCGCGACACGUGGCCCGCCGGCAUCGCCUGCCUCAGCAGCGGCAUCCUCGAUCUGAAGAGCCUCAUUUCGCAUACCUUCCCACUCGAGCAGGCCGUCGAGGCCCUCACACUUGCCUCGGACUACAGGAAUGGCAGCAUCAAGGUGCAGAUCGUGGAUGAGAUCGAGGCUGAGAUCUUCUAA